GUCUCAUCUCAAUAUGGCAGGUGGCUGAACCAAAAAUGGCGCCUUGGCAACGGUUUCAAUGAUGGCGCGCUAUGGCGCCAUUCUAAUUUUUCUGGCUGUUUGGAUCAGCCCAAAAACGGUCGCUGAUCAGACGAAAUGCCCUAGUUUGGCUGCAAAUCCGUCGUGUCAAUGCUUCAACUUCGAGAAUGGAAUUCUUUUGGAAUGUCCAGCUGCCACGGCAGAAUCGGUCAAGUCUGUUUUGGAGAUUAUCGAAGGAUCAGUACAGAGUCUCAAUAUCUACGACCCUGACAAAGCUAUGGUUAAACUUCCGAAACAUUUCUUUCCCGAUUCGACCAUCAUCAAACACCUCCAAAUUUCUCAAAGCAACAUUCAAGAACUGCACGACGACUGCCUCUUACCUCUUAAGCCCCAUUUAGAGUCGUUCAGUUUGGUUUCGGGGCGUCUUAAGGAAAUACCUCAAAAAGCAUUUAAGGGAUUGAAUAAGUUAAUUGCGCUGGAUCUAGAGGCUAACGCUAUUGUAGAUUUACCAAGUUACAGUUUCUACGGAUUACAUCUGAUCAAGUUGAAUAUGAAAGGGAACCAGAUUCAAAAGGUAUCCGAAUACGCCUUCGCAGGACUCGAAGACUCCCUUUCCGAAUUAGACAUGGCUGAAAACAAACUGAAGACUUUUCCAAUUAAAUCUUUGAGACGUCUGGAAAGAUUGCGACACUUACGUCUAGCCUGGAAUGAAAUUAAUGCCAUUCAAGAUGAUUCCUACUCAAGACUCGGUUCCCUCCUCUACUUAGAUCUUAGUUUUAAUAAUUUUGAAAAACUGGAAGAGCAUUCGUUUAGAAUUUUUCCGGGUAUACGUACUUUAUCGUUGUACUACAACGCUAUCGAGACAAUUCACCAUGAUACGUUUUCUGCGUUGACAGAUCUUCAAUCGUUGGAUUUGAGCCAUAACAAAAUCGUUUAUUUGGACCAAUUAUCCUUCCAUAAUAACAAAAAACUGCGAUCGAUAGACUUAAGCCACAACCACGUCCAUUACAUUAGCGGAGUCUUCGCUUUUCUGCCAGAACUUAAAGAACUAUUCCUCUCAGAAAACAACAUACUAGAAAUUCCUACAGAUGCCUUUAAAGAGUCAUCUAAUUUGUCUGUUAUCUACUUACAACAGAACGCUAUAAGACGGAUAGAUCCUGAAUCCUUAGCCACAUUGGUUAACCUAUCUCAACUUCAUCUUAGCUCAAAUUUCAUACCGCAUAUACCAAAUAACUUAUUUCAGCAAAAUAUUAAUCUGACAUCCUUAAGUCUAGAUAGUAACUGGUUAUCAAAUUUGGAUCCAGGGACUUUUGAAAGAACUGUAAAUUUAAGAGAAAUAAGGCUACAUAACAACAAAAUUCAUUCUAUUCAUCGCGGUGUAUUCGAUCCUCUACCUUCUUUGUUAGAGCUUCAUUUACAAAACAAUGAAAUUUCUUCUAUUGACUGGGGCGCUUUUCGAACUUUACAAAGCCUACAGCAUGUUAACCUACAAGGAAACGUAAUAACAGAUCUUGGUGAUGUAUUUAUGCACGAAUCACCAUCUUUGGUGUCGAUACAAUUAGAUUCCAAUAGUAUAUCAUCCUUGCACAAUGACACGUUAAGAGGCCAAUCUAGUGUUCAAAUUAUGUGGCUUGGGCACAACAGACUUAAACGAAUAAGCAGAUCUCUUUUUAAAGACUUGCUUAUGAUUCAAAGGGUGUAUCUAACUAACAAUAGUAUAUCACAUAUUGAGGAGAGGUCUUUUGAACCUAUGCAGGCCCUAAAAUUUCUAGAACUCAGCAUGAAUCAACUUACUCAGAUCACGCAAACAACAUUUUCCGAGUUAUUUGAGUUAGAAGAGCUGUAUUUAUCGAAGAAUCUGUUGAGAAGCAUUGAACCACAGGCUCUAACCAAUUUAAAAAAGUUGAGGGUGUUGGAUCUCUCCUGUAAUCCCUUGAUAGUUCUUCAUGAUAAUAUCUUACAAGAAGGCUUGCCUAUAAGAAAUCUUAAUUUGUAUAACUGUUCCAUACAACGUAUCGAUUCUGGUGCAUUUCGUGGAUUGAACAAUUUAAACGAACUAAAUCUUGGUGUGAAUGAACUUACGUCUAAAGACUUAACUGCGUUGGAUAUACCUGGUUUGAGGGUGUUGAAGCUGACCAACAAUAACUUUAGUACGUUACAUGGAUUUUCACUAAAUGGACUGCCAUCUUUACAAACAAUCUAUCUAGAUCAGUGUAAAAUAUCGCGAGUGCCGGACGAACUGUUUUCUAAAAACAAAAACUUGUUACACAUAGACUUGAGUUACAAUCACGUAUCGGAUUUAGGCUAUAAAGUGUUUUUAAAUCUAAAUGUGUUAAAGGAGUUGAAACUGACGAGCAAUCUAAUGGUGGACAUACCUUAUACAGCCCUAUUAAACAUAUCUACAAUGGAGGUCCUAAAUUUGGCUUUUAACAAGCUAUCAACCAUUGAAAUUUCAAGGUUAAACGGUUUGCCUAAUUUAAGGGAGAUUUAUUUACAAGGCAAUCAAAUAACGUCAUUGUCUGGAUUUGCUUCGGCGAAUCUUACACAACUGUUUUCAUUGGAUCUAAGCAACAACUCACUGGUGGGAUUGCCUGCAAACUUUUUUCAUCAUUCUCCUUUGCUAGGUCGAGUAGAUCUGUCGUAUAACCGGUUUAAGCAAAUACCCAGUUCGGCCUUAUCAGACACAACCCUACCAGGACUUAAUUGGUUGAACUUAACUGGCAAUCCUCUGAUGCGGAUUCAUGAUAUUACCUCGACCAACCGGUACCCAUCGCUAGAAGAAGUGCAUAUUAGUUCUACGAAUUUAAGCAUAGUGACCAGUAAAGAUUUUGAGUCAUUUCCGGCCCUCUUGCACAUAUUUCUGGGUCAGAAUCGAAUUUCCAGAGUGUCACCGGGUGCUUUUGGAAACCUCCCCAACUUACUUACCCUUGAUCUAGGUAUAAAUGAACUCGAGUUGUUACCACAAGAACGCCUACAAGGCCUUCAUCAUUUAAGAAUAUUAAACCUUACCCACAAUCGUUUAAAAGAACUGGAAGAAUUUCCUUCCGAUCUACGGUCGCUUCAAAUUUUAGAUAUUUCUUUCAAUCAAAUAGGAAGAAUUAGCAAGACUACUUUUCAGCAUCUGGAAAACUUGUCCGAGCUUUUUCUCUUUGGCAACUGGAUCUCACUAGUAUCUAGUGAUGCUUUUAAACCAUUGAAGAAACUACGAACUUUAGAUCUAAGUAGGAAUUAUUUAGAGAACAUUCCGUUGAAUGCGUUUCGACCUCUGGAAACCCAGAUAAGAAGUCUCAGAACUGAAGAGAAUCCUCUAUCCUGUAACUGCGAUUCCCAAGAAUUAUGGGAGUGGCUACGAGACCACCAGAAAUUGGUCGAACAUUCAGACAAGCUGGAGUUGCGUUGUGAGCACCCGCCGGAACUUCGGGGGAGAAUAUUUUUGGAAUUGGACCCAGAGCAAUUCUGUGACCAACCUAUGGUAGUUAAGCUUGGAAUCCAGGAUAUUCAGCCGUUUUCGGUUCUGGUUUCUUGGCAGAGCAGAAAUCAUUCUGGGCUUAAUGGCUACCAAGUGGCGUACUACUCAAUGGAUAGGGUAGAAGAAAUGGAGAUUAAAGGCAGAAAGUUGGAUCGCUUCUCCCGUUCCAUGAAACUCUCAAAGCUUUUUCCCGACACCAAGUAUCUCAUCUGUGUUCUAGCCUUAGGAAAUUGGGCUUUCAACUUUAAAGAAGCUCCGCAAUAUCUACGACGUCCCGAAAAUGACACAAACGAUAUGGAAAUAUUUUCUGAUAUAAUACGUCCAUUACUAAUUGACUCCCCCACCAGUCGCUGUGCUGAAGUCAACACUUUGGGAGCGCCCGACAGUAUGCACGUAGGUAUGGGCAUGUUACCAGACCACUCCAUGGGUGCUCAAUCUAUCUUAACUCGCCGACUAGGACUUAUUAUUGGCUGUUGUAUGGGCUUUGUGGUGUUUGUUGGACUUGUUUCGAUCCUCGGGUACCUCAAAAUUAAGAAGCAAAGAAGAGCAGUCAAGAGGGACCAACCUUUACCGCCCGAAUAUCUUUCUUACAGACACUUUUCUAUACAAAGCGGUGAAGCUGGAGGCCAUCCGCAUUUUAUAACCAAUAUGAACACAACUGUUUUGAACUAGAACCCUAGCCUGCGUUUCAAACCUUUUUUGUGAGGUCAAUAGUUUUAUAGCUGAUUUUGUAUAUGUAUCUGCGCAUGCUGAAUUCAAAAAUAUAACUCAUUUUAUCAGG